CAAAAAGUAAAAUAAAAUAAAAUAAAAAAUCAUCUGAGUGUCUAAAUCCAUCCAUAAAUAAGACCCAAGCAAACCCCUGUAAGAUAAACCACAGGGAAAAAAGAAUGGCAAUGGCAAUGACAAUUGUAAGCUACGUAUCAGCAAACUCAACGACAACGCCCCUCUCUCAAGAUUCCUCGUCCUCUUCUUCCUCAACUCCUUCACCAAGACAAACCAAAGUGAUACUUCCCAAAAAGAAGCCAUUAAAAUGGUCGACAGGGAUUGCUCCUGGGGAGUAUGGUGGUCCACCUACUACCACAAAGCUCCGCAAGUACUGGGGAGGCGAAGGUGAAGACCCUUUAACAUCUGAUGAUUUUAUUUGGAACAAAGACUUCAUGCCUCGCAUGAAAAGACUUCUUCAUAAUGAUCCUGUCGACCCUUUUCUUCAGACCUCUCCUGCUAAGGAAGAGUCCUCUGGAUUUCUGAGUUUAAAUAGAGUCAUGACUCUGGAUAGUGUGGAAGUCGAUUUGAGUAAAGAGCUCGCACAACGUCCAAAGCCCGUGAUAGAACAGCCAGUCGAGGCUACAACUAAAGUCCGCAGUGGUUCGUCACCAAAAUGGAGGAUGGCACCGACACGCCGUGAGCAGGACAAGUGGGAUAAAGCGACAAAGGCUUCAACCAGCGGCAGUGAUGUGAUGUUUCGGGAAUUGAGGCGGCCUCAAGGGGAUCCGGAAGUGUUGGCUGCUCAAUCAAGGGAACAGUAUUUUAAGUUGAAGAACAACUUACAGAUUCUGACAUUGGGUAUAGGCAGUGUUGGUUUAGUCUCAACUUAUGUCUCUUAUUCACCUGAAAUCGCUGCUAGCUUUGGUGCUGGGUUUAUUGGAUCUUUGGUGUAUAUUCGUAUGCUUGGGAAUAGUGUGGAUUCCUUGGCUGAUGGAGCAAAGGGAAUUGUCAAGGGAGCAGCUGCACAGCCGAGGUUGCUCGUUCCUGUUUUAUUGGUCAUGAUCUAUAAUCGGUGGAAUGGGAUUCUUGUUCCAGAUUAUGGAUUUAUGCACUUAGAAUUGAUACCGAUGUUGGUGGGAUUUUUCUCCUAUAAGAUUGCUACUUUCGUUCAAGCUAUUGAUGAAGCCCUUGCUCCACUAGUGAGAAAGACAUGAGUUUAGGAUGAAUGCUCAAUAUGCCAAGCACAGUUAACACUUAUGAAAUUGGAGAGGUGAUGAUUUCAUAAAUUGGCUGGGGGGCGCCAAGGGAGAGACUUUUUCCUUAAUUUUUUACUUAUUCAGAGAAAUAAAAGGAAACUUAAGCUGGUGGUGUAAGUAUGGGAAUCAGUUACUCAUAUUGGUUCCCCUUUCAAUGCAAAAAUGGUUGGCGAGAGCUUUUUUUCGUCUCAAUCAGCAUAUAGAAUACGCUGUGCUUUUUACAUUUUGUCUGAAGAAAACUGUAAUCACGAAUUAGUGAAUCGAACCAAGGAAUAAUAUUAUUCUAAAAUUUUAUUU